AAAAUUGUAUUGAUGGUAAAUAUUUUUUUAGAGUGAUUGGCUGAAUAUUAUUCAUUUGAUAAUGAAAGAUAACUGGGUUCACUUAAACAUCACAGAAUAUGAUGUAGUUCAAGUUGAUAACAUAAAUUACUUUAUUAACUUAUAUCAAAAACUCAUUGAACACGACAUUGGUGAAAGAAUUAUAGCAAAUUACAUUGGAAGUUUUGCUGCUUUAAUAUUUUCUACAAAAAUUGGUAUAUAUCAGAUUUCACCAUCAAAAGAAGUUCAGCCAUGGAAACCUUGCCUUGAACUUUCAGUAAAAAGCAUGCCACUUGCAAUGGACCAUUUAUAUGUCAGUAAUAAAAACAUUUCAGAAGCAUAUGCAGAUGAAAUGAUUAAAUAUCUUAGAACAGCCUUCAAACACCUUGCUGCAAAAGCAAAUUGGUUAGAUGAUGCUACACGUCAUGAAGCAUAUGAUAAAUUGGAAGCCAUGAUUCAGUUUUCUGGGUAUAAUCCUAUGAUACUUAAUAUUACUUCUUUAGAAAAAUACUACGAACAUUUAGAUGCUUUAACUGAUGAAGAUAUAAUACUGAAUUUAAGGAAAGUAUUCAAGUUUAUUAUAGCAAAACAAUUUUCUCUUCUCCGGGAAUAUAAUCAUAGAACCAGGUAAUUUUUAAAUUUGCUA